AUGGCCCGCCAGUUAGAGCUGCGCGCGAACGACGCCAAGGGGCACACCCUCGUCGGUCUCGAAGUCCUGGGCAUCUUCGCCCCGUACCUCCGCCCCGACAGCACCGCCUCCGCCGCCUCCGCCGCCUCCGCCAUAUCCAGCUUCACGCUCGCGCAGACCGACAGCGGCCGGUCCCUCGACGACGGCUUCCUCUUCGGCCUGUGGGACAGCGUCGUCGGCGUCGCCGAGCAGGUCCCCCAUGACCACCCCGCCCAGGACCGCGUCGUGAGCGUCCUGCGGGAGCUGACCCUGCUGCCGGACACCGGGGUCGCCGUGUGGGAUGCCCGCCUCUGGGCCGAUCUGCCUGUGCUCGGCGCCGCCCUCCGCGAGCGCCUGAACGGGCGCGAGCCGUCCGCCGACGCGGCCGAGCAGGCGCGCGCCGACGUCGCCUGGGUGCGCUUCCACGCCUUCUCGGCGCGGCUCGUCGGCGCCGGCGUCGCGCGCCUCGAGAACCAGGCCAUCUGGAUGCUGCGGGACGCGCUCGAGGAAGAGGGCGACGCGGCGGCCCCCGCCACCGCCACCGCCACCACCCUCAACCGCGACCUUGCCGCUGCCGCUGUCUACAUCGAGUACGCGGGCCCGAUCCUGGUCGAGGCGCUCGCCGCCGGCCCCCCGCCGCCGCUGACCGACGAGCGCCGCCGUGUGCUGCGCGGCGGCUCGCUGCUCCGCGGCGUGGCCGGCUUGACCCGCGACCGGUGGGACUUCUGGCGCAGGCGCUUCCGCGAGCAGGCGCCCAAGGCGACGUCUGAGGAGGCGAGGGCUAUGGCCCUGCGCGCCGCGAGGUUGAUGGAUGUUUGGAGCGAGACGAGGCUGCAGCGGUCCGCGUAG